AUGGAGGUGGCGGAGGCCGCGGCCGCAGAGGCCCUGGCCAAGCUGGCAAACGUCCUGGAGCCUAUAGGCCUGCGGGAGGAGGCAGAACCGCCCGGACAGAUCCUGGCUGAGUUUGUGAUGGAUUCCCGGAAGAAGGACAAGCUGCUCUGCAGCCAGCUUCAGGUAGUGGACUUCCUGCAGAACUUUUUGGCUCAGGAGGACAUCAUCCGGGGCCUGGACCCCUUGGCUUCUGAAGACAGGAGCCGACAGAAGGCCAUUGCAGCCAAGGAGCAAUGGAAAGAGCUGAAGGCUACCUACCAAGAACACGUGGAAGCCAUCUCGAGGGCCGUGAUCCACGCCCUGCCCAAGAUGGAGGAGGCCCAAAAGAAGCAGGCACAGCUCCAGGAGGCCCUUGACCAGCUCCAGGCCAAGAAGCAAGUAGCUAUGGAGAGACUCAGAACAGCCCAGAAACAGUGGAAGCUGCAACAGGAGAAGCGUCUACAGCACUUAGCAGAAGCUUCUGCAGAGGUGAGGCAGCGACAGGCAGGAACUCAGCAGGACCUUGAGCAGCUGUGUCAGGAACUUGGAACCUUGAAGCAGCAAGCAGGACAGGAGCGGGACAAGCUGCAGAGGCACCAGACCUUCCUUCAACUGAUGUACACCUUGCAGGGUGAGCUGCAGUCCCCCGAGACAGAGGCAGAGCUACCACAAGAUUCGGAUCUUCCUGAGGAUAAGUCCCAGCUGCUGACCCAAUCCCGGGAGCAGGCCACGGGGGAUAGCAUGGGGAGAGAUGGAAGUGUGUCCUCCAAGUGGGAAGAACCACAUUCAGAAGCCAACAACAUGACAAGGGCCAGAACUGGUGUGGAUUUAGAGGGUGCAAAUGGGUAG